UCAUUUUAUUUUCAGGAAAUCUGGCUCUGAAGCUAGCAGGCCAAAGCGGUGCAGGACUGAUCGCCGGUGGUUCCACGGCUGAUCACCAUGGCACCAGGCCGGCAUGGCCCGGAGCUGCCGUCACCUGCACUGCUACUUCUGACCGUGGCAGUAGUCAGUAUGAUGACGUCAUCAGUGCUCAGCGCCGAGCUGCCAACUGACGGAGAAUUGUCGGUGUGCAACACGCCCUGCUGCACGGUGGAGCCCAGCUGCUCCUCCGCCCUGCACGUCGUCUGCAGCUGCCACAACAAGGAGCGGAUCUCUCUGCGUAAAGGAGAUUUGCCGGCAUCAACCGAGACCAUUAAACUUGAAAGAGUGGACCAGCUGACAGUGUAUCAAGGCGCUUUGCUGGAUUUGACAUCGCUGACGAACUUAGAGCUGCACGGGAUCGGUACACUGACCACACUCGCGAAUGCGAUCGCACCUCGAAAGAACUCCCUCCUUCACGUUGUAGACAUCACCUACGUCAACAAUAUCGAGAUCGGCAGACGGGCCUUUUCAGGUUUCUGGACGGAACAAGCUACCCUCAAUAUACGACAUAUUGAGAAGAUGCAAAUAAAGGAGAACGCCUUCUGGUUUAAGCAACCAUUCCAUGCCCCUCACCUUGGGAUAAAGAAUGUCGAUGUUCUACAUGCAGCGUCCAAUGCAUUCAAUAUGCCCCAGGGAACAUUGGAUAUUGAAGGAAUAAACAUGCAGCGCUGCGAACAGGGUACCUUCGGCGAGCUGUCCAACAUUGACAUGGACAGAGUGAACAUCACCGAACUCGGAGAGGGCUGCGUCAACGGCAGUGGCAGCCUCCACCGGCUGUCGGUGUCCAACAGCCGUCUGGGAGUGAUUGGGCAGCGCGGCAUCUGCGGGAACAUCGACACCGUCGCCAUCAGUAACACCAGCGUCUCUGUCCUCGAAUCAAACGGCCUGCAGCUGCGGACCACCAAACUGGGAAUACAGAGCUCCCACUUUAACUCCGUGAUGACAAAAGGACUAAACGUCCUAGCUGAUGAAGUCUUUUUAAGAGAAAUGGCCGUAAACACUCUUCACUGGCGCGGUCUGAAGUCAUUGAAAGUAUCAGAAGAGGGCAAAGGCAGAACUUCUUUUCGAAUAAUGAACCUCACAGUGGAGCACGCUGCCAACGGCUCGCUGGCCCUUGACGUUGACCCCGGCGUUCUGCAGCUAGUGCGCCUGUCGGUCGGCGUUCCGGAGCCGCCCGUGUGUCCCGUGGAUAGGUGGGUCCGACAGCUGACCGACACCAGAGAGACGGCGCCGCUAGGAUUAACCGAGCAGCGCAUGCAGGCCCUCCUGCAGCGCGACUGGCUCUGCAGGGAGUCCAGGAGCACGACGCCCACUGCCACCGGUGCCGAGGACGGCGGAGGUAGCAGUGUGGAACGGGAGGACCCGAUCGCCUCGCCAGUCACCGAGAGAACUGAUGACUUCAGCAUGGACUACCGCCUGACCAUUGUAGUCAUUGUGGCGUUAGUGUUCGUCUUCAUCAUAGUCGCCCUCAUUGCCAUCCUCAUUGCACGCUCUAAACAAUCAUCGGACGAAGCGAAAAGCAACAGAAGAGCGAUCGAGUCCAGAGAUGGCACCCCUGAACCCUUCAUGGACCAGUCACUUUCCAGUGUUGUCACUGACUCGGUGGUGCGUCGCAAGCGAGGCAGGCGAGGCGUGGCAGGGAGACGAGGUGUCAGGGUGAACUGAGGGUGUACCGAGUCCAUGGGAUACGGCAGAUCAGAGCAGUAAGCUACAUCGCUAGGAGGCAAUGACGUCACGAAGUCAGCUACCCGGUCAUGAUGAAUACGAUGUCUGUCAUACGAUGUGGCUGGGGGGAUCCAUGUGAUCGCAAGGCACCUCGCAGUUGCGAUCAAACGUAAGUUGAAUCGGAACAGAUAUUGGAGGGAUCCAUCACAUCGUAGGCUAAGUAGAUACGCAAGUUGUAUCGCAAAUGGUGAAGAUACGAACUAACUUUACGAAUCUUCUCGGUCGAUCGGAAGGCCGAUCGUAGCGAAGCUUUACCUCUUUCUCAAGAGAAAAAUAUAAGAAAUUUUCAAAAUUUUCACAAAACCGAAAUAUAUGUUAAACAAAUAUGGUUGAUGAACACGUGUGCAAAAUUUGAAGUCGAUUUCUUCAAAAAUGGCUGCGCUAGAGCGUUUUAAAUUUACACGUUGAAAACGGUCACUUUCGCGUCAUUUUUGUAACUAUUUUUUUCAAUUUUGAAAUUUAAAAAAUGUUUUGGGCAAUUUUUCGCGUUAAUUGCGAAAAUCUGACCAAAACAUGUAUCGCACCAUCAAUGAUCCGAUACGCCAUCAGAGGCCGCGCCGCGGACAGGCGGGCGCGGCGAUACCUAGGCCGCGUGGGGGUUACACUGGUGUUCGGGAAGGGCUAUGUCAACGCGAGGCAGGCCGCGGGGGAGCCGGUUGCGGCGCCGGUCCGUAUUUGUCGGCGCCUAGCAGUGCAGCGGUGCGUUUAUGGCGGAGGGAGGGGAAGCGGUGUAGUGUCGGCAAGGCCACACACAGGAGAGGGCACACGGGCCUCUCCCCCAUUCGAGUUGGGGCCCCUAAUCUUUAGACCGCCGAAGACCAUGUAAAA